AUGUCAAAGACAAUUUCAGAUCUUCAAUCUUCUCUAAUCAAAUCCAAUUCUUCAGGAAUACUAUCAGGCUUUAGUGUACUUCUUGCAAGUAAUCCUGACGAAAUUGACCUUCUAAAUCAAUCCUGUUUUGGUAAACCAAUUACAACAAUCGAUAAAGAUAAACAAUGGUUUCAGUUGACUUUAGAAGAAGCCUUUUAUCUAUCGUUUUCUCUAAAUUGUAUAAAGAUUGUAACCGGUGAUAAUAUUAUAAAAACAAAUAACGAGUUAUGGGAUUACAUGAUCUCCAAAAGGGAAUCUUUCCCUUAUUUCUUCAAAGCUUAUUCUCAUUUAAGAGCCAAGAAUUGGGUUGUGAGGUCUGGGUGUCAAUAUGGUGUUGAUUUUGUGGCAUAUCGCCAUCAUCCUUCACUUGUUCACUCUGAAUACGGUGUGUUGGUGUUCUCUGAAGGGAAUCGGAAUGGAAUUGGAGAUGGGAAUGGGAAUGGGAAUGGGAAUGGGAAUGGGAAUGAUAGAUUGAGGGUUUGGUCUGAUUUUCAAUGCACGCUUCGGCUUUCUGGUAGUGUUGCAAAGACAUUGUUGAUUCUUUAUGUGAAGAACAAAAAUGGUGAAAAUGGGGUUGUGGAAGAUUCGCUUUGUUGUUUAGAGAAUUAUAGUGUUGAAGAGAGAACAAUUACAAGAUGGAAUCCAGAAAGGUGUAGAGAGGAUCAAGGGAAUGUGGAAAAUGGGAACUCUAAAUGCAAGAAUUGA